AUGGACUAUUCCUAUGAUGAGGACCUGGACGAGCUGUGUCCGGUCUGCGGGGACAAGGUCUCCGGGUACCACUACGGGCUGCUCACCUGCGAGAGCUGCAAGGGCUUCUUCAAGCGCACGGUGCAGAACAACAAGCACUACACCUGCACCGAGAGCCAGAGCUGCAAGAUCGACAAGACCCAGCGCAAGCGCUGUCCCUACUGCCGCUUCCAGAAGUGCCUCACCGUGGGGAUGCGCCUGGAAGCUGUCCGUGCAGACCGGAUGCGUGGAGGGAGGAACAAGUUUGGACCCAUGUACAAGCGGGACCGUGCCUUAAAGCAGCAGAAGAAAGCUCUGAUCCGUGCCAACGGCUUCAAGCUGGAGACCGUGCCUCAGAUCAUGUCCCCUGUGCAGAGUGACUACAGCCUGUCCUCCACCAUCCACAGCAUCCACGCCAUGUCCAAGACCCUGCCUCCCAACCCGGCCGCCCUGACGCCCGUGGAUUACGAGCGCAGCCCCUACGGGACGCCCUCCCUGGGAAUGACAGUGCCCGGGCACGCGCCGCUGCCCUCCUACCACUACCCCUCCUUCCCCAACCGCACCAUCAAGUCCGAGUACCCUGACCACUACACAAAUGCCCACGAGGCUGUGCCUGCUUACAUGUACCCAGAGACCUACCCCAGCAGCUCCCCCCCUGACAUCCCCGAGGUCAUCCUGAAGCUGCUGCAGUUGGAGCCCGACGAGGCCCAGGUGAAGGCAAGGAUACUGUCCUGCCUGCAGCAAGAGCAGGGCAAAGGCCGGCAUGAGAAGCUCAGCACCUUCGGCCUCAUGUGCAAGAUGGCUGACCAGACUCUCUUCUCCAUCGUGGAAUGGGCACGGAGCUGCAUCUUCUUCAAGGAGCUGGAGGUGGGUGACCAGAUGAAGCUGCUGCAGAACUGCUGGAGUGAGCUGCUGGUGUUUGACCACAUCUACCGGCAGCUGCAGCAUGGCAAGGAGCACAGCGUGCUGCUGGUCACUGGCCAGGAGGUGGACAUGUCAGCCAUCGCAGCCCAGGCUGGCUCCAUCCUCCACACGCUGGUGCUGCGGGCGCAGGAGCUCGUCCUGCACUUGCACUCGCUCCAGGUGGACCGGCACGAAUUCGUCUGCCUCAAAUUCCUCAUCCUCUUCAGCCUCGACGUGAAGUACCUGGAGAACCACACGCUGGCCAAGGAUGCCCAGGAGAAGGCCAAUGCAGCGCUGCUGGAGUACACGGUGUGCCACUACCCCCACUCCACGGACAAGUUCCGCCAGCUGCUGCUGUGGCUGGCAGAGGUCCGGGCGCUGAGCCUGCAGGCUGAGGAGUACCUGUACCACAAGCACCUGAGCGGGGAGGUGCCCUGCAACAACCUCCUCAUCGAGAUGCUGCACGCCAAGAGGACUUGA